AUGAGGGCAAAACGUAAUUGCUCUGACACCAGAGAAGGUGAGAUACAGAUGAUGGAAGUUAAAAAACGCCUCCUACAGAGAGGCUAUCCAAAAAAGGUGGUUAAUAGGGCCCAGAGGGAAGUUAAGAAUCUGAACAGACAAGAUCUUUUAAAAGAAAAAGAUCGGAAAACUAAGGACACCAUGAAAGGGGUAACCUUCGUGACAGACUACAGCGACCAUCUUAUAGAAGGCACAGAGGAAAAACAAGGAUCUAGUCUUAUAGAAGACACAGAGGAAGCACAAGGAUCUAGACUUAUAGAAGACACAGAGGAAGCACAAGGAUCUAGUCUUAUAGAAGACACAGAUGACGCACAAGGAUCUAGUCUUAUAGAAGACACAGAGGAAGCACAAGGAUCUAGUCUUAUAGAAGGCACAGAGGAAGCACAAGGAUCUAGUCUUAUAGAAGACACAGAGGAAGCACAAGGAUCUAGUCUUAUAGAAGAGGAAGCACAAGGAUCUAGUCUUAUAGAAGAGACAGAAGAAGCACAAGGAUCUAGUCUUAUAGAAGACACAGAGGAAGCACAAGGAUCUAGUCUUAUAGAAGACACAGAGGAAGCACAAGGAUCUAGUCUUAUAGAAGACACAGAGGAAGCACAAGGAUCUAGUCUUAUAGAAGACACAGAGGAAGCACAAGGAUCUAGUCUUAUAGAAGACACAGAGGAAGCACAAGGAUCUAGUCUUAUAGAAGACACAGAUGACGCACACGGAUCUAGUCUUAUAGAAGGCACAGAGGAAACACAAGGAUCUAGUCUUAUAGAAGACACAGAGGAAGCACAAGGAUCUAGUCUUAUAGAAGACACAGAGGAAUCACAAGGAUUUAGUCUUAUAAAAGUCACAGAGGAAGAACAAGGAUUUAGUCUUAUAGAAGACAUAGAGGAAGCACAAGGAUCUAGUCUUAUAGAAGACACAGAGGAAGCACAAGUAUCUAGUCUUAUAGAAGACACAGAUUACGCACACGGAUCUAGUCAUAUAGAAGGCAAAGAGGAAGCACAAGGAUCUAGUCUUAUAGAAGACACAGAGGAAGCACAAGGAUCUAGUCUUAUAGAAGACACAGAGGAAGCACAAGGAUUUAGUCUUAUAGAAGACACAGAGGAAGCACAAGGAUCUAGUCUUAUAGAAGACACAGAGGACGCACAAGGAUCUAGUCUUAUAAAAGACACAGAGGAAGCACAAGGAUUUAAGGAAGCACAAGGAUUUAGUCUUAUAGAAGACACAGAGGAAGCACAAGGUUCUAGUCUUAUAGAAGGCACAGAGGAAGCACAAGGAUCUAGUCUUAUAGAAGACACAGAGGAAGCACAAGGAUCUAGUCUUAUAGAAGACACAGAGGAAGCACAAGGAUCUAGUCUUAUAGAAGGCACAGAGGAAGCACAAGGAUCUAGUCUUAUAGAAGACACAGAGGAAGCACAAGGAUCUAGUCUUAUAGAAGACACAGAGGAAGCACAAGGAUCUAAAGACACAGAGGAAGCACAAGGAUCUAGUCUUAUAGAAGACACAGAGGAAGCACAAGGAUCUAGUCUUAUAGAAGACACAGUGGAAGCACAAGGAUCUAGUCUUAUAGAAGACACAGAGGAAGCACAAGGAUCUAGUCUUAUAGAAGACACAGAGGAAGCACAAGGAUCUAGUCUUAUAGAAGACACAGAGGAAGCACAAGGAUCUAGUCUUAUAGAAGACACAGAGGAAGCACAAGGAUCUAUUCUUAUAGAAGACACAUAG